UCCUCAAACGUCAAACGGUCGGCUCGCGGCGCAUCGAUCAUCACGUGAAUCAAAACCAAAACAAAUCCGCAGUCUCAGACCAAAACAUCAUUCAGAGACAUCGAUUUCUCGCGUUGAAAAUGCAAAAUGCAAAUUAGUUUCGUCGCAGCGUAGUGGAAAAUAACAUUGUGGCAUUCACAUCACGGCUCGAAAUUUCUUCUGUGUGCAACUAACCAGUGCAUGUAGUGUGAUAAUACUGACUCUGUAUUCGCCGUCGGACAGCGUUCACGUAAAGUAAAUAAAAUGUUAUUAGCUGCUAGUUAUCGCCUUGAGUAGUAAACACACGAGUGCGGAGCAAAAUGUCCCCUCCGUUCCCUCUCGGAUGUGUUGUGGUAGUAAGCAGCUAUUACUAAAUGGCAGUCGUUGCUUAUCUGCUGCUCAGUGUUGGUGCCGACUUGUUAGAAAUAGCAGACGUAUUCAUACGCUCCGGAGGUUCCAUAGUGGAAUGUAGAGAUCAUAUACAGAGCAAACGUCGGGAUCAAUUGUUUCAAUACUACAUUGCCCAAUAUAGAAACGAGUCAGCAGAAAAUAUGUCUUCGGAAUCUCUCGAUAGUUGCGAUUUCGCGUACCAGGAAUCUCCUACCUCCCCGGGGUCAAUCAGUUUGGACAAAAGUUCAUCAACGGAAGUGGUAUACACUUUGGAAAACAUCACGGAAGUUUCGCCUGGCCUGAGCUUCAUUAUAAGUGGGAGUAUUCUGCUGACCUGUGAGAGAUUCUCAAUUAAUUUGAUGCUCAAAAAUUCGGAUCUGGCGCUGCAUUUCAACCCGAGGCUCCCACAGAACUACAUUGUCCGAAACUGCCGUGUCAAAGGAGUGUGGGGAAAGGAAGAAGUGGCAUCUCCAUUAUCGUUUAACCUGCAUCGUGGACAAAAGUUUAAUAUUCAAAUACUGGUGACCGAUAAGGAGUUCCUUAUGUGUGUCAAUGGCCGGCAUUUCAACACGUUCAAGCAUAGACUGCCUUAUAAGAAAAUCUGCGCACUGGAAGUUAAGGGAGACGUCAAGGAUGUGAAUGUUGAGCAGAUCUUCGUCGAGAGCUACCCGGACAUCGUUCUGGAGGAAAUCAAACAAAUUUCGAAGGAAAACUUCGAUUUUCCGGAAACCUCCGACAGUCAUUAUAAACUGAUGCCUUAUACCGGUCGACUGGCAGAACCAUUUACGAAUGGGAAAAAUCUACACAUAAGGGGUCGCAUCAAACUGUUGCCGCAUUCCUUCUACGUGAAUCUUCAAAGCAAUCACCAGGUUUGGCCUCAUCCCAGUAUCCUGUUCCAUUUAAAUCCACGGUUUGGCAAUGUCGGCGGAAAGCACGUAAUCUGUCGGAAUUCCUGGCUCAACGGAAAGUGGGAUCGUGAGGAACGAUCGGAGAAUUUGACUGAUUUUAUGCCGGGGAAAACGUUCCACUUGAAAAUCGCGUGCACCGAUGUGAGCUAUCAGGUCUAUCUUAACGAGAAACUGAUUGCCGAAUUUAUAUUUCGAGAAAACCCCAAGUUGGUUGAGACGGUCUACAUACAAGGUGAUAUAAAAGUUUUCGAUGUAACGUUAGAAUCGGCCUAUUAGUUAAGAUAAGCAUAGUUGUACCCUUGAUUGUACGAUGAGUUUCAAUUAAUAUACAUGUAAAGCUUUAACCCGAACAAUACUAUAGAGUCAAUACUUGUACACUAUAUUUACUAGUUUGUAAGUAAUCCUCGCGUAAUUGUUUGUACAUUCAAGAUUAUUGUAACUAAAACCCCGGUGUGUAGAAUAGUAUGUUUUGGUUUAUUGUGUUAUUGAGAAGAAAUAUAAAAUGUUGAUUGCCUGUGACUAACUACUCAACUAGAAGAAAAGCAAAUAGAUAACUUGCUGCGCAAAAGAAAA